UGGGUGGGGAUGGGGAAGGGCUGCCGGCCAGGCCCACAUCAGGACUGACGCAGGCUGCUGUCUCACUUUCUAACUCUCGACAUUCCCCCACUAAUGGUGUACCACGCAUUGGAACAUCCGGUUUUAAACUUCACUGACUAGGUGACCUUGUGCACAUCACAACCUCUGCCCAGGAGGCCGCCCAGAUGUGAUAGGCCUGGCUUUGUCGGCGGCAUGUGUACUGGCGUAGGCGGGGAUGUCCCUUUUGGGGCUGAUGAAGUGAUUGGGUGACGUGUCCACGGCCACAUCGCUUGUGAGAAGUGGUGGCCCAACUUGAGUUUCUGUGCCUGACUUUUGUAUUCUCUUCCUUAAAGGCUGCUCGUUUCUUUAAAGCUUUCUUAUUUUGUGACUUUGUGUCAUUUUUGUGGUAUUAGAACUGCCUCCUGACUUAAGUCAUCAUACAGUACGUCAUAAGUUGACUCACAAACCCACCCACUAUGCAGAUGCUGGCUGCUCCUCAUAGGUCUUGACUGUGACGUGCCUCUUUAUUUUUCUUUCCCUGAUAGUGUAGUGUCCUAAGAACGGAAGCACCUGGGCUGAAUGGAAUUUAGCAUCAAAAAAGGUCCUCUUUCCGCUCAGAAAGCUGUAAAGUACGUAAGGAUGAAGCAGGCUCCGGAGAUCCUGGGCAGCACCAAUGGGAAGAGUCCGAGCUGCGAAGUGAGCCGCGAGUGCUCCGUGUUCCUCGGCAAAGCCCAGCUCUCUGCCACUCUGCAGGAGGGGGUCAUGCAGAGAUUCAACGGCCACGACACGCUUCCCUUUCUCCCGACUGAGAAGCUGAAAGACCUGACCUCACGUGUAUUUAAUGGAGAACCCGGUGCUCAUGAUGCCAAACUGCGCUUCGAGUCCCAGGAGACGAAAGGAGCUGGGACUCCGCCUAACACUACCCCCAUCAAAAAUGUCUCCCCGGAGAUCAAGCUGAAAAUCACCAAGACUUACAUGAAUGGGAAGCCUCUCUUUGAAUCUUCCAUUUGUGGAGAUGGUGCUGCUGCUGUGGCCCCGUCAGAAGAAAAUGGGCAGAAACCAGAAAACAAGGGGAGACGGAGCAGGAAGAGGAGCAUAAGAUAUGACUCGUUGCUGGAGCAGGGCCUCGUGGGAACCACGCCGGGCGCCGAGGUUGAGGCCCCCCCAGGCAGGAAGAUUCCAGCUAAGAAGGAGCCCUGUCCCAGUACCGGCAGAGACAGAGACCACCUGUUGAAGUACAAUGUGGGCGACUUGGUGUGGUCCAAGGUGUCGGGCUACCCGUGGUGGCCGUGCAUGGUUUCUGCCGACCCGCUCCUCCACAGCUACACCAAGCUCAAAGGUCAGAAAAAGAGUGCACGCCAGUACCACGUCCAGUUCUUCGGUGACGCCCCAGAGAGAGCGUGGAUAUUUGAGAAGAGCCUGGCGGCCUUCGAGGGAGAAGGGCAGUUCGAGAGGCUGUGCCAGGAGAGCGCCAGGCUGGCACCCACUAAGGCAGAGAAGAUCAAGCUGCUGAAACCUAUUUCAGGGAAGCUGAGGGCGCAGUGGGAGACGGGUCUCCUCCAGGCUGAGGCCGCAGCAGCCAUGCCCAUCGAGGAGCGGAAGGCCAAGUUCACCUUCCUCUACGUGGGGGACCAGCUCCGCCUGAAUCCGCAUGUGGCCAGGGAGGCAGGCCUCACUGUGGAGGCACCGGGGGCAGCACUGGGGCCCGUAGGGGUCCCCGGAGGAGCUGCUGGAGAUGGGUCCUGGAGAGAGGAGGGUGUCCCAGUCAAGAGAAGGCAGAGAGCCAAGCUGUGUGGCUCUGCUGAAAGCCGGGAUGGCGGCCCUGAGACAGGGAGGGUGACACCUCCCACAGUGGCUGAGGCUGAUGCCAGGAGAGGAGUGGGGUCACCCCCCGGGAGGAAGAAGGUUGCAGCCUCCACUCCUCGGAGCAGGAAGGGCGAUGCUGCAUCCCAGUUCCUGGUCUUCUGUCAGCGGCACCGAGACGAGGUGGUGGCCGAGCACCCAGACGCCUCCGGGGAGGAGAUCGAAGAGCUGCUGGGAUCCCAAUGGAACAUGCUCAACGAGAAGCAGAAAUCCCGCUACAACACCAAGUUUGCUGUUCGUGCCACGUCCCCGUUCGAGGAUGACUCUGGUAACUUAAAUGGGAAAAAAAGAGCCCACCCGAAGAGGACACAGGACCCUAGAGAAGACACGGAAGUUGAGGACACGCCCAGGAAAAGACUCAGGACAGACAAGCACAGUCUUCGGAAGAGGGAGACCAUUGCUGACAAAACAUCCCGAACAGGUUCCUGCAAGGCCAUGGAGGUGGUGUCCUCCCUGAAGAGCCAGGCAGCCACGAAACACCUGUCUGACUCAUGCAAACCACUGAAGAAGCGGAGCCGGGCAUCCGCAGCUGCGCCCUCCACACUCGCAUUUAGCAAGAGCUCGUCUCCCUCUGCCUCCUUAACCGAGAACGAGAGCAGAUUCUCACUUUGUCACCUUCACUGGUAACAGCUUCUAUGGGAGCCCACACCAGUCAAGUUGGACUUGAGCUCAGCUGCCCUGUGCUGCACCUGACACGGUGGGGUCUCCCAGGACGCCUGCUGCAGUGGCGUGUCGUCGCACACUCAGUGACACCCUCACAGUCACUCUAUGGAAGAUUGUGACAGUCCGUUUUUAAUGGUAUUAAUAAACACAUACAAUGAAGAAAACAGAUAACACAUUUUAAGACGAAGGUAAGAUCCCUGUUCAAGGCCAUUUAACAGUCACAUUCAUCCCAUAAGAGAUACAUGUCCCUAGUCCAGCGGUCACUGUAGGUCUCAGGCUGGAAGGAUGCCCGCAGCCAGGCUGUCCUGGGCCGCGACAAGGACACCACACCGAGGGGUCGGUCUUGUCCUCCAGUCCAUAACUUACUGGAUUUUUAUUGGCCAACGUCAGCAUCGGAACCUUCCAACAGAGAACAGACGGCACACUGAGAGGCAUCCUUGCCAGCUCUCGCCAUCGCCAGUGGAGCGUAUUCACUGCUGUAGAUGCUCAGCUAGUUUCCAGCAUUAAAGGCGGGAAGGUUGUGAUUCUUUUUUUUACUGAACAGUUUUACUAGGACACUACAUGGAGUAAAUUUGUAGGAAAAACAUCAUUUGCAGUGUUGUGAGCCAUUGGCCUCCCGACACACUGACGCUGUCCCGGGCCCUGGUGUCAUCCCCAGGGUCGCAUGUCUGCAUGGUGAGGACAAGGCCUCACGUGCCCUCGACUCACGGAGGCAGGAGGGGUGCUCUCCAUGCGUGUCAGCAGCACGCGGCUGUUUCCCGCAGACUCUUCUGACGCCUUUUUCGUCUCGUGGGGAUUUCUGACUAGCACGUGUGUUCUGAGCCAUUACUCAAUGUAACGCAUGCAAAGCACUCAGGUGCCUGGCACCUCGCAAGGAUGCAGCGGUUCGCUUGUGACAAUGUGGUUGUAACAAUAAAAUGAUAAAACCACCACCAUUCCAUUCUUAUCCAAAAGCAUAAGUGUUCUGUGGGCAUGAGAAACGAUCCUGAACGUGGGGACAGAGGGAACCCAGACGUGGUGGCUCUGGGCUCGUCAGGGACACUGCAGAGUGUGGGCGGUGGCUGAGGGCUGGACGGUGGCUCUGCUCAGACGGUGGGACCCGUGACCUACGGGUGGUCUGAGCCGUGCGGUUUCUAAAGGAGUGGAAGCUCAGCAGUAAUGGACGAUUCUCAGAAAGUUAGCCACUGAAUUAGGAAAUGUAAGGAACUGGUGGCGUAAAAAUGGCCCCAGUUCAAGAAAUGAUCACCGAAGUAAAGACUCGCCUGAAAGGCCUCUGACAGGAACUGAGGGCUUCGUUUGAAUCGUAGCUGUGCCAGCCAGCCAGCUGCCAGCGAGUGACUGCGUUCCUCUCCUCACGAAGAAGGAAGGGACCUCAGAGGACUCUGGUGUCCACAGAGCAGCACCGUCCGCCUCCACUGAGGAUGUGGGGGCAGGGGGCCCGGGUGGGGGGUGCACUGAUUCUCAGCUGGGGGCCGCAUCCCCUGGGGACAUCGGGAAGGGGAGUGGGCAGGUGGAGGCAGGUGUGUGCAGCACGCUGCAGGGAGGGACAAUCACCUCCCAGGACAGAUUGUCCCCUCCAUUGGCCAUGAUGGCCUUGCUGGGGAGUGUCCCUGGUAGGCCCCUGCCUUCUGGAGGGGUGAGCGGGGGCUCUGGCCUGAGCUUAGGGACGGGCUGGUGUCCUCUGCGGAUUUAGUGGGGGCUCGUCUCAUGUCCUAAGGAAGUCACCGCAGCACUGGGCUCGCCCUGAGCCGCCUGAGCUGCCUAUUGUCGAGAUGUGUUUUCCAGUGAUUGCACAGGGUCCUUGUGGGGACGCCAUCCACGCAUUGCGCACACAUGCACAGAGGGGGUGGAGCCCGCAGGAACUCCAUGCAGAGCACGUGGCUUUAGCUAGGUCUGUGUUGCAGCUGAUCCACGGGCGCAGGCCCUGCCUGGCGCAGAGUAGGCCCCGAAGGAACGGGACCACGCAGGUGGCAGUGGCGGUCUGGCCAUGGCUCCACUGCCUGCAUGGCUCAUGCAGGUCUCCCGAGGGCCUUGCUCGCCCAGGGGUGACACAGGCUGGCUGUCUGCAGUUGUGGGCUGGGGUGCAGGUGUAUCUUGGGGCCCUGUAGCGGGUAUCCCGCCUGUCUCAUCCACUCCUCCCAACUGAAGAGAGCCCAGGGGUGAGAGGAUGUUCCCAGAGCCAACAGGACACCCCAGGGCAGUUUCAUGCACUGCGGACAGGGGCGUCCCAGCUUUCAGGGGACUAGGGUAGAAGGACGGGGGCUUGGGGACAUUAACAGCUGAAUUACCCCAGAGGAGGAUGGAGAAAGCUGUAAGGCGUGAACCUCAGGAACAGGCGUGGUGCGCCCUUGUCUCAGGCUCUGACCUGCUCACCCGAGGUUGGUGACCACAGGCAGCGAGAGAGGCUAGGCUUGAGGGCAACGCAGGGCCAACGUGUGCCCGACGGUGGGCGACUCAUACCUCCCGACAGCCUGUCGUAGAAAUGCCCUGAGAAGAUAGGACUGUCAAUUGGCGUCUAAUUCAAAACCCAAAAAAGUGCCCCUGUGCAGGUGUGAGAGAGAUGAUGCAAACAGAUGAGGGGCUCUUGGCCCAAAGACGGGUGGGUGUGGGUGCUGGGUCUGCUGUGGCCAAUGGCUGGUCCUGGCAUGUUGAUCAUCAGUGAUAGUGUCAGCGUGUGUAAGUGAAGGCCGCCCGCCACGCACCAGGCCGCCGUGAAGGUGGACGCUGGGCCGUCCUGGAUGACCACCGCACACCUGUCUGGAAGGUCAGGUGGAGAUGGGAUCCCAGGAACUCUGGCGAGGCUACCGGUUUCUUUCUCUGGUGAUCCUGACAACCCGCUCCUGGCACAGCCCCUUUAAGUCACUACCUCAUUCUGGAGGUGGUCUGGCCGCAGAGCCUCCCCACAGGGACCGGCCGGGGCAGCCCUGGCUUAGUGAGACCAGCUGUCUGAGGCCGUGUUUGUCGUUGAGAUGACAGAGCUAAACCGGCAUCUGCUGCUGAAGAGCUGAAACGUCGCUGCCUUACGGGGAAGGGCCCCAUGCUCUGAAGCAGGCACUGGCUUUGAGGUUGUAUUCUAAGUGUGCUGAGGCCUCUCUUUCAGGGUUCGGGUCAGUGAGAUUGAUUUUGAUUCGUUAAUACUGUUUUUCAGUUUUAGCCAGAAUUCCAGAGAUCACCGCUAGUUUGCAGUGAUGGGGAGUGGACUGUCCUUAGCUGGUGGAAGACGGCCUGUGUCGUACCCCUUGUUGCUGUCUGGUACGGGUGGGCUCCCGGGGGUCUUCCCUGGUGUCCCUCCAGCGGCUCAGGUCAGGCUGGGACCCGGCAGGCCGUAUCUUGUUGGAUGCCUUUGUAACUAGAUGGUUACGUGUUAGAUCCACAUGCGCAGUUUUUUGUGGCCUACACGUGGUGGUUGGGUUUAUUGCAUGUAGUGUGUGAGCAUGUGUUUUGAAACGAGCUAACUAUUGAGACCGAGGUGGUGGUGGGGGCGGCCCGGCCCAGCCUUGGGUGUGCUCAGCCGCACGUGCUGAUGGCGGAUGGAGGGGGCUUUGUUUCUGUUGUCCAGUCACCCUCCCUGGCCGCUUUCUGCUAAGGACACCCUGGUUGGUAGGGUUGCUUUAGAGACUCGUUGUCUGUGACAAAGGAGCCCUGGUUCUGCAGCCAGGCCACCACGUGGCUCUUGCUGGUACGCCCUGGGGCUCUGGGACCACAUAGCAGCUGCCUGGCUCCGAGGUACAGGGGUGACUCACCCAGCCCUGGAAGCUGGGCAGCUGGGGGGGUUCUGGGCCGCAUGGUCUCAAGGGGCUGCUUUAGGAAAGAUCACUGCGAGUUGUGGCAUUCGGGUGAUGGGGGACUUGCUUGAAAGUUAUUUUAACUCACGACGCCUCACUGUGGUCGCCUGGGAGGCCUGUGUGAGACCAGUCUUCUGACUACGCUGACGAAGCCUGCUGGGCCCAGGUCCCUGUCGCCUGCAAAUCCACACGCUGUGUGGAAGAACUGGUCUCCCGCAGAGAAGCAUAAACAUGGAAGUGGGUACAGAAGUACUUACUGUCUGAGGCCUGUCAUUGUGCUUCAUGAUCGACGUGGUGUCCAACCUGUGAAGGGAUUUGUUGUCAAAAUAAAACCCACUGUGUGACGCCUUGGGAGGCGGCCCCGGGGCUGCUCUCCAGGCCCAGCGGGGAGGGCCUGCGGGGCUGCGCGUCGCCCCCACGCUGCCUCACUUCUAGGAGCUGGUUCACGCGUGGUCACCUGUCACGGGUGUUGAGGAGGCGGCAUUCUGGCCGUUAAGGAACGUUUCUCAGGCCAGUAAGCAAGUUGACACUGUCACAGAGUAGAGCAGAGGAAGGGUUUCAGACCAGGGCACUGAGGUCGGGCGCGGCUUCACGGAGACUGCUUGCCUGGGGAGGCGUGGUGUGCGGGAGGCGGCGGGAAGCCUGGCAGUCUGUCCGCUCGGUCAGUCCUUUCUCCUUUUUCCAAAUGGACAUCCUGUUGGACAUGGAGUAGACCGUAGAUGCUGUAGACUGAGACUGGGGACUGUGUUGGGACCAUGCGGGUGGCUGUUGCUUUCAUAAACGCAUCUCCGAGUAGAUGCCGUCAGUGCUGCACGCGGAGCCUGUGCCCGGAGUGGGGUGUGCCGCCUGGCGCUGGGCCCGCUGGGGUUUGCAGGCAGAGCCCGUGGACCCCGACUGUGCUAGUUGUGACCUGCUUGCUGGGAGGGUGGGGGCUGGGGGACGGACUGUCGCACUGUCCAUGGACUGUGAUAUUGUAAGGUCUGUGUUCUGUAUGUGCCCCUUGGACCCCGACCAGGAAACGAGCUCUGUGUGUCUAACAGUAUAUUUCUAUCCCAAAUGUGUAUCCAGUGUUUAUUUCCUCAAAACAAACUCUGUUAAUGUGGGAACUAUCUCCAAGUGAAACGUGCUCACUUUCUGUAAAUCUUAAAUAAAAGGUGCUGUUCCUUCCUCUGA